GAAAAACACACUGAUGUGCUGUUUUAAUAAAUCUCGUGCAAAUCCAUUUUUGCUGUAUAUUAAGAUCCCUUGGGUCAGUGGAUAGUCUUAAUUCCACCUUUUAAAAAGUUGUAAGGUUAGAAAUAGGUGAAGGAGAACCAUAUUUAUAUAAUCUUAUUAUUCAAAACACAGAAGAGGUAUACUGUAACUAUGACUCUACAAAAGGAGACACCAGAAUUAUUUGCUCUGGUUGUCCAGUGAUAUGCUAACUAACUCCUUUGGAUGUCUUUUAAUUGCCGUAAAAUAUAAAAAAUAUAUUUUAAAGAAUAUAAAUGUAUAUAGAAUUCUAUUAGGUAGUUUAUAUUAUUUUACACGUAUGUCAGUAACACUGCUUUGAUUCACUAAAGCUGUAAACUCAGCUGUGGGUCCUUACGCCCCAUCUGAAUACAGUACAUUUUUGUACUAGGAAUAUCCCAAGUUACGCAGGAUAGUAAAUGACAUGCUGGCUGGGCUGUCUUUUGCCCUGCCUUUCCCACUGAGUAAAGUUGAGCAGACUUGUCAUUUGAGCAAAUUAAAUGAAAGAAAGCUUUAACAAAGAUACACCCAUGUGACCUUUAAAAAAAAACAAACAACUAACCAGCAUAGGACAAUAUAACCAUAAAUUGUAUUGUAAUACACUCCUGUUCAUAACACGAUUAUCGCACUGCAGUGCAUAAUCUUUGGAGUGUGUUAAAAGACAGAAUACCUAAUACCUAAUUUGAAUUGCAGUCAAAGCAUCAGUUAAAUAUAUAAAGUUGGCAAUAGUACAGAAUGGUAUGUACUUUUUUCUAUACCAUUUACACUAUUUAAUUCAAAAGGGGGGAUUUAAAAUCUGAUAGCGAUUUCAUUGACAUGAAUGAAAUCCAAACUGGUUAUUCAUUUCUUUUAGGCUACAAUACUACUUUGAAUAUUCCAUAAAUAUAUAUAAAAAGAUUGUGUUUUGCACUACAUUUCAUGUAUCAGGAAUUGUGAGCUGCACAGCACUAAAGGAAAUACUCAAAAGAGCAGAAGGGCAAUUUGUAUGUUGUCUGAAAAAAAAAUUAAACUAGGUAUGUUACUUAAAUUUAAAUGUAGAUUAGCAUUUUUAAAAAGUUUUCUGUUGUGCAGGAACUAUGGUAGAUUAAUUAAUACAAAUGUAAAACUAAGGUAAUUGAGUGAACUAUACUAAAGUAAACUGCACAUAUGAAAAAGGUAUGCCAGCUUCAGGUUGUUAGGGAACAAUUGUCUCUUGAUAACAUCACAGAGACUCUAGUAGGGUAAUAAGGAGUUGCUAGGAGAGAGGUAGCGUAUAUAUACACUGUGGUAUGUGAGAAUAGUUUAGUGUGACAGCUUUUUCUCUUGUGCUAAUCAUGACUUGUAUUACACGGAGAUGUCUACAAAAGCAAAAGGAAUUCAUCCUUGAUGGUGUGGCAGUGGACACCAUUGGUAGCGGCUAUGCUCACAUCCUGCCCAAGCUGUGGUCUGCAUUGCCACCGUAUAAUGCUCAAUUAGAUAUCCAUGCUGCUAGCUAUUUCUCAUCUCCAGUGGUCAAAUCACUACUAAAAAGGACGGAGCAGACUCGUGGUGGGACCUCUAGGGAUGGGUGGAUAGUGGACUAUUUCCAUAUCUAUGGCCCAGGCCAGAGGUAUUUGAACAGGAGAAACUGGGCAGGAGCAGGUCACUCUCCAGAGCAAGUGUCUGGUCACCAUCUAUACUUGAUGGGUACAAAGCCAGCAACAGGUUGGAAUGGCCGAUAUGGCUAUCGCCGCAACACUCCAGAUCUUCGCACACGCUCUUCUUGCUUUGGUGAAGUAACAUGGCUCCCCAUCCACUGAAGAACAUCAGAUUAUAUCAAUCUGUCUCUUCUUCUAAUUUAAAUGCUCUUCGUAUAUUUUGUUUGUUCUUGAUUUUUCCAAAAUAAUAAAAUACUUUUAAUUUCUUA